UUUGUCUCUUGUGCCGGGCGGUGUACCGGGGUCCUUUCUCUCCCUUUCUACUUCCAGGAGGCCCCAGAUGUCUCUGUCACAGCCUCUGUCACCCUGUGACUUGCAGGUACUUGGAGAUCCUUAGGGAGGACGCUGGGACACCCCGGAAGCAGGGAAAUGAUGGAGUUCAUGGAAUUUUCCAGAUCUGGUCUAGUGACAGGCUUUAGCUCUGCAAGUGGCUCCCGGUGGUCAUUGUAUAACGUGUACAGAUGAGUGUGGCUUCUUCUGCACUUCAUGGUUCUUCUGCCUGUGCGUGUGGUGGUAGAAGAUGAAAGGGUUGUGCUGAUGCCUUGAAAUGCAUAUUCUCAAGAUGCAGCUGUGAUUUGCCUGGAAGGAUUUGUCUGCUUCCUAGAGAAGCGGGAAGAAGAGGAAGAAAUGGCUAGCUCUCAGGAAUUGUUAACAUUCAAAGAUGUGGCCAUAGACUUCUCUGUGGAAGAGUGGACAUGCCUGGAUUCUGCUCAGCGGAAUUUGUAUAAGGAUGUGAUGUCAGAGAACUAUAGAAACCUGGUCUCUGUGGGUCUUGCUGCCUUUAAGCCGGACCUGAUCACCUGUCUGGAGCAAAGUCAAGAGCCCUGGAAUGUGGGUGAAGCUCUAGCCAGUCACCCAGGUGUAUUUUCUCAUUACACCCAAGGUCUCGAAAAGAAGCAGUGCAUAGAAUCUCCAUUCCAAAAAGUGACAUUAGGAGUAUUUGGGAGUUUGGGCCUUGAAAAUAAACAUUUAGAGAAAAACUGGGAACUCCAAAGCAAGGUUGAAGAACAGAAUGCAUAUUGCCACAGACAUAAAAAAUGGAAUACAACUACAUAUAAUGAAAAUGUCACUGAUAGAAAAAGUCAGAAAUAUAGAACAUUUUGGAAAAAAUCUCUAUUUACUUCAGUUACUUUUGCUGAACCACAUGUUUCUGUAAGUAAAUGUCAACGCCAACUUUUGGAAAAUAAAUUUUAUUUGAAAGAAAAUUUGGAAAAUUUAAAUAGUGACCUAGGCCGGAUUCAGAAUAAUGAUUUGGAUCAAUUAAAAUGCAGAAAUGGGUUACAAGUUCAGUCAAGUAUUUCUGAAGAUCUGAGAUUUAAAAAUGGAAGGAAGAUUUCUGUAGGUGACCAAUUUGAUGAGUUACCUGUUAAAGGGUCAUUAUUCUUCCACCAAAAAUGUGCCAAAAUCUACAACUCUGAUCAGCAUGGGAAGAAAUUUUCCCAUUCGUCAUUGCUUAAGCAAGAUCAGGGAAUAGAUAAUUGGAGAAGACAUCACACCUGUAACAAAACUUUAAUGUCCCUUAACCAGGGCUCUACCCCAAAUUAUUACCAGGAUAUUAAUAUUGGAGACAAAAAUUAUCAAUGCUAUAAAUCUGAUAAAACCUGUAGCCAAGGCUCUAGCCCUACAAAACAGCAGAAAGCUUAUUUUUUAGAGAACCAUCACAAAUGUACAAAAUGUGAGAAAGUAUUUCAUCAAUAUUCAGAAUUUAUUUUACAUCACUGUAUAGAAAUUCAAGAGAAGUCUCAUGAAUGUAACAAAUGUUUAGAAGCUUUUACCCAGUCAUCAGAUCAUAUUCAGCAUCAAGGAAUCCAUUUUGGAGUAAAUUCAUCCAGAUAUGAUAAAUGUGAGAAAAUCUUUAGUCAAUCAUCAGAUCCCAAAAGACAUGAUACAAUUCCCACUGAAGAGAAACUCUACAAGUGCAAUGAGUAUGGCCAAGUUCGUAACGACGUUUCAACUGAAGACAAACCUUACAAAUGUAGUGAAUGUGGCAAAGCCUUUAACCGUAGUUCACAUCUUACUCGUCAUCAGAGAAUUCAUACUGGGGAGAAACCUUACAAAUGUAAAGAAUGUGGCAAAGCCUUUAAUGAUAAUUUGUGUCUUAUUGGGCACCAGACAAUUCAUACUGGAGAAAAACCAUACAAAUGUCAAGCAUGCAGUAAAUCUUUUACUCAUUAUUCCAGUCUUACUCGUCAUCAGAAAAUUCAUACUGAAGGCAAACCCUACAGUUGUAGUGAAUGUGGCAAAGCCUUUAACCAUAGUACACAACUUACUCGUCAUCAGAGAAUUCAUACUGGAGAGAAACCUUACAAAUGUAAAGAAUGUGGCAAAGCUUUUAACUAUAAUUCAAGUCUUACCGAGCACCAGAGAAUUCAUACUGGAGAAAAACCAUACACAUGUAAAGUAUGCAGUAAAUCUUUUAGUCAUUCCUCAAGUCUUAUUUUGCAUCAGAAUAUUCAUACUGGAGAGAAACCCUAUAAGUGUAAAGUGUGUGGCAAAGGUUUUAACUAUAAUUCACAUCUUAUUGAGCACCAGAGAAUUCAUACUGGAGAAAAACCAUACAUCUGUAAAACAUGCAGUAAAUCUUUUACUCAUUAUUCAGGUCUUAUUAAUCAUCAGAAAAUUCAUACUGAAGAGAGACCUUACAAAUGUAGUGAAUGUGGCAAAGCCUUUAACCGCAGUUAUCGUCUUACUCAACAUCAGAGAAUUCAUACUGGAGAGAAACCAUACAAAUGUAAAGCAUGCAGUAAAUCUUUUAUUUAUUCCUCAAGUCUUAUUUCACAUCAGAAAACUCAUACUGGAGAGAAACCUUACAAGUGUAAAGACUGUGGCAAAGCGUUUAACUGUAAUUCACGUCUUACUGGGCACCAGCGAAUUCAUACUGGAGAAAAACCCUACAAAUGUAAACUGUGCAGUAAAUCUUUUACUAAUUCCUCAAGUCUUAUUUGGCAUCAGAAAAUCCAUGCUGGAGAGUAAUCCUUCAAAUAUAAAGACUGUAGCAAAACCUUUAACUAUAAUUCACUUCUUACUGAGCACCAGAAAAUUCAUACUGGAAUAAAACUCUAGAUGUAAAACAUAUAGUAAAUAUUUUACUCAUUAUUUAGGUCAUACUCAGCAUCAGAGAAUUCAUAUCAGAGAAAAAGCUUACAAAUAUGAAGAAUGUGAUAAAACCUUUUCCCGUGGUUUGUUUUAGUUAACAUAUGGGAAUUCAUAGUAGAAAAAGUCUCCAGAUGUAUUCAGUACAGAAAGCACUUCAACAAAAAUAUAAAACACAAAUCACAAGAAAGAUCAUAGAGAAAUUUUCCAGAUGCAAUAAGUAAGGGAAGUAUUAAAACUCAUCUAAUUGUAUCAAUUGAUUCCCAGAAGAAAGGACUAAAAUAUAUUGUUACACUUUUUCAGGCUUAGAUCAGUUUUUGUGGAAAGUAGGUGUAGUGGUGGAUGAAUCAAACUUUGUGGACAUAGCUUUAUUGUUAUCAGAAAUAAAUUUGGAGAUGCAGAUGCUUGUGGGAGCAACCUGCUAGGCAAAAUCAGCAUGGUUUCUUUUGUGGUUAAACACAGAAUCCCAGUGUCCCAAGGCCUAAAUAUAAAGUGUAACUCUAACUUAGAUCCAUUGUAAGUAGGUGACUUUCCAAGGAAGCCAAUCCACAGAUGGCAAGAACAAUCCUCAUUUAAAGUCAGACUGUCAUGAUCAUAUUCACCAUUAUUACUAGGGGUUGGGGAAUCCUGACAUUGUGGUCCACUCAGACCUAGAGUCCAGAUGCUUGUAGGAACCAUCUUGUGUUUAAGUAUUUAUUUUACAAGAAUCAUGUCUCCCUGGCCUGGUGCAGUGGCUCAAAGCUUGUAAUCCUAGCCCUCUGGGAGGCCGAGGUAGGUGGAUUGCCUGAACUCACAGGUUCCAGACAAGCCUUAGCCAGAGAAAGACCUUGUCUCUAAAAUUAGCCAGGCAUUGUGGUGGGUGCCUAUAGUCCCAGCUACUUGGGAGGCUGAGGCAAGAGAAUGGCUUAAGCCCAAAUGUUUGAGGUUGCUGUGAGCUGUGAUGCUACGGCACUCUACCAAGGGUGAUAAGUGAGACUCUGUCUUAAAAAAAAAAAAAAGAAAAAAAAACCACGUCUCCCAUUUGUACUGAAGUAGUAGCUCCUCUUUUGCACAUCAAGCAUUUGUGAUGCUGUUUGGCAUUCCACAGCAGAGCAAUAAACACAGCACACCUGGAGAAAAAAAGACCAUCAGUAAAGUACCAGAAGAAUGGAAAACCAAGUGUCCAAAGUACUCAAUAUUAAUUUGAAACCAGUAGAUGAACUAACACAUACCCACACAAAAGAACUUAAUUUAAUUAAAGGUGAGGAGAGAGGGGUGGAAGAAAGGGGUUUGGUGUGUGCCCACCUAAUGAGCUCAUUGUAAGGGUAUGUUACACCUCCUGAGUGCAGGACACAACUACAGCAGGGACCUUAACAAAUGCAAACAUUGUAACCUAAUUGUUUAUACACUCAUAUUAUUCUGAGGUUAAAAAAAAAAAAAAAGUCAGACCAUCAGUCCAGUCAUGCCACCCUUACUGUGUUUGAGGUACUGGGAAAUGUGGGAGGGAAGUCGGUCAGUCCAUUGCUUUGAGCAUUUUAACAGAGAACAUUUAUUUCACCCAGUUUUUAGGCUUGAAUUCCCCCAUGAUCUUUUAUAGCCCAUGUUAUCCUUUCACCCACCCUGUCUAGAGUGGAAAGUGGAUUGUGAGUUUUGGAAAUAGGUACAACAAAGUUGAGUUUCAUUUUAUA